CAUUCACAACUGUGGAUGGUGCAUAAGUGCUUCUGAGGACAGCAGGUCGGGGAGAUGUGCGCCCCCUUCCCCCGUUUAUAUGUCCAACCGCGCGCACGUAGUCUAGUAGAUUUCACUUUUCAUUUCGCGCACCCCUCCUCUCGCAUACGCUCUGCCAUCAGGAGACUCCCAUCCGAUUUACUGCUUGGUGAACGCAGCUCUACAAACAACUCGUUUCCUUCCACCUCCAAACAAAGGGACAUCCCCGGGUUUCUCUUUCUCUGCGCCUGCGAAAACAUUGCGGCUGUCGAUGGUGAUGAGCUGCUUUUGAUCCACGAUUUAUGCACCUGAGAAUUGCGCCAUGAAAAAGCUAGGGAUGCUCCGACUGUGUUGAAAAUCAGGAUUAAAAGGUGCACCUAGACUCAAGUCCGGAGUAAAGCUUAAGAGUAACAAAAAAAAAUCAUGACGUCUGUGAAUAUGAUGCCAACCUCUGCCAUUUGGCCUGGAGAUGAGCAGCCGUCAAUACUGGACCAGGAACCUGACUCUUUGUCCAGCCAAGCCCCUAUUUCUGUGCCAUGCCCACCAGUUAUAGGUGAACAGCCCGUCAAUAACACUAGCCUAGCCAACUCUCGGCCUCCCCGCAGCAAAUCCAAAGGAGAGCUCGUCAUAGUUAUCAACGAGAAGCUCAAGAACGGUAAUGGGAUCCACCCUUCAGACAGCACUUCUCCAGUCAUUUCCUCUCCUCCAAAGAGACAGCACUCCAUCUCUUAUCCCCAUCAGGGCAAAACCCGCAAAGGCAGCAGAGCAGGAUCUAUUGGCUACACAGCUUUUUCACCCCGGCCAUCCCUGUCCCGCCACUCAAGCAUUGCCACUAACCCUCCUUUGGACCGGACCAAGGUUAAAGACUACCUACUGCUCUCCGUGCUGGCCUGCUUUUGUCCUGUGUGGCCCAUUAACAUUGUGGGCUUUGUGUACUCUAUCAUGUCUAAAAACAGCCUGGAGCAGGGAAACCUGGAUGGGGCUGUGCGCCUGGGACGGGUGGCCAAGAUGCUUGCCAUGGUGUCUCUAGUUGGAGGGACCGUCAUUAUCAUCGCCUGCAUUGUCAACUUGGCUAUAAAUGUGAAAACCUGAGUUUCAUUCCUCGAUGAAACAGGAUAAGACAUCAGACCACCUGGCCCACACCUGCACUAUCGUCUUACCGCCUAGUCAUUACCUGGAUGUGACAAAUGUACACCUAUUAUUCAGUGCUUACUAAUAUUUCUGUAACCUUUUAUCAGUGCAGUCACUUUGCUAAUGGAUGAAAAACACAUGCAAACACUCUGCUGCUGUGAGUCAGGGAGGGUUCAAUCUGCUUGUAGGUGUAGGAGGUGCAACCUUUCAUAAUCCGGUCAAAUGUUCAGACAUUUGACCAAGAGGACUAUAACUAUAGGGCGGAGAAGAAAGAAGGCCUCUAGCUUUAGUGCCACAUGCAAACUCAAAAUGUCUGCCAAGUCUCCUUCACUGCACCACCACCAGGAUGCUCAUGCUCGCCUUGAAAUCCCUUCAGUUACACAGGAUGGCUUUGGGAUUUUUGUUGCUUUGAACAGAAGAAAGUUCAACAUUUAUAAUUACAAUGUCUGUGCCACUAUUUUCUGAGAAAAUGGCUACAGCAGAGGAUGAUAAAAUGGAGGUCUAAGGAGGACUUGUAAUGAACUCUGAAAUAUAAAACUGAGAGGAUUAUGGAAAGUCAUUUCAAACAAUCAUAAGCUAAAUUUCAUAGUCACUUUCCGGUCACCUAAUCAAAUUUCUAUUUCCGAGGAAAAUGGUGCUUUCCUCCUCUCCUGGAUACCACUGUGAACUGCAAACCACUGUAGCAAGAUAUGGUCUUUGUGUAAAAACACUUAAUCUACAUAUUAUACCCUAUCUUUUGAUAUAUUUGUAAGAAAACGUUUUGAAACUUAAGAUUUUCAAUCAGUCAUUUGUAUAGUGAUGCUCUUUCACCACUGUGUCUCAGUAAAAGAUGGUGAUAUGGUACUUAUAUGGGCAUCGUACUAUUUGGUUAACAAAUGAAAUGGCUUGUGUGCUGUCAAUUAUACUGUAUCUCUGUGGCUGUAGCUUUAGUCUGGUGCAAUAGCAAUGUAACUUUGCAAUUCUUAAAGAUUUUUUUUUCUUAUUUUUCUAUUUGAGAAAGGGUUGUAAUUAACUGAAUGUAUUAAUGAUGUGAAGAUUUAAUCAGUUUGAUUACUUUGGGUAAGACAGUUUACAUUACUGCUUUAUUUAUAAUACCAAGGAAAUUAUGUAGUUGCCUCUGAUCUUUUUUGCACAGUUUUCACUGUGAUUAUGGAAUUACUGGGAUUCCAAGAAUGGUUAAUCAAAUGCAAAACUUGUGUAUUCUGGAUUUUCAAUGAAACACACUAUCACAACCUAGCACUUCAAGCCUGCAGUUUGACAACUAUUAAUACGGAUUUUUCUUAUGCUGGUACUAAACACAUUUCCCAAUUGUAUUUAAUAUUGCUAAUAUUAACCUUUAAUAUUGUGGAUUCUAGUUGACAUGAUUUACCUUUUAAGUAGACACUGGUGGUUAGCCUUGAAAGGCAUUGUAUUGCCAUCAGGCUAGUAUAAUCUUUGUGAUUAAUGGCAUGUUGUGGAUUUUUUAUUCAUGUGUGACGAUAGUAGUUGGAUUAAAUUAUGAAAAUGUAAAUUGGCACAUGGGAAACAAUGCAGUACAUUGACA